AUGGCCUGCGCCGAAACACUCCCGGGCGACAUCCUCGAUGCGAUCUACCGCCAGUUCUCCUCGCCGUACGACCGCGCGCGCUUCGCCGCCGUGUGCACGUCGUGGCGUGCCAUUGCGUCAUGGCACCCAAAUCUGCCUGCUCUCCCGCUGCUGCUCCCGUCGACGGGCAACAAGCGCCGCGACCGUGCAGCGCGCGCCUACAGCCUGGAGGACCGUAGGGUCCUGCGCGCCCCGCUGCCGUGGGUACCGUUGGGCAAGCGGAUAGUCGGGUGCCACGACGGCGGCUGGGUCGCUGCUGCCGUCGGCUCAUGGGUCACGGUCACCAACCUCUUCACCAGCGCCUGCGUGCUGCGGAGGGACUUUGUAUGUAGAUGCACAAUUGCUCGAAGACGAACCAACGAGAAAAUCUCCAUCCGAAAAAUCGUCUUCUCAAAGGACCCUGCCUCAAAAGGUUGUAUCAUGGCCGCCAUGACCACCGGAUGCGGGAUAGUGCUCUGCGGGCUUGGUUCCAAAGAUGAUGGCGAAAGGGCGACGCAGGAAUGCAGCACGAUGGACCCAUAUCCAACCUUCCUAGACAUUGCCUUCUGCAAUGGCGAACUCUACGGCAUCGCGAGUCACGAACUUUUAUAUAGGUUUGUCAUUGGCCAAAACAAAUACGGCGCUCUGGUGGUCAGCUUGGUCGAACAAUUAACCACCGAAAGACCUAUCGACGCGUAUGAGUAUGGGGCAUUUCCUUAUGCCAAAUACAUUUUUGAGCUGCAUGGCAAAGUGGCAGUGGCGUUGGAUGUCUGGGUGUUAAGCGAUAAUCUCAAGUCACAAUCAUUGAAGGCACGAUUUUUUAGGGUGUUUGAGCUCAUCGAUAGCAAUACAACACACCCACCUAAUAGUAGAUACAUGUGGACGGAACUGACAAGCUUGGGUGACCACACAUUGUUCCUAGGGCCAGGAUGCUGCAAGGCCGUGCAUGUGGCGGGCAUGGGUGGUGUCGUGGAAGCGAACUGUAUCUACUACUUAUCUCCAUGUGACGAUGUGGAGCGCUUAACAAGGUUGGACCUCGGUAGUUGCUUUGUCUAUUGUUGGGAAAGCGAUGGCGUGCACCACUCGGAGAGGAUCAUGUCACACAGAUAUCAUUACCAUGAGAAGGGUUCGGAGUAUGGUGGUAAAGAGUAUAAUAGUUGUACCUGGGUUCUUCCUCCACCCUUUUAG